AUGUUCUCCCGGAAGUGGCCCGUGGCCUCGGCGCCGGGAGGAAUGGAGCGGCACGCGCACACGCUGCACACCGCGCUCGCCGCGCAGGACCACCUGUUUACCUCCCCGCCGCCGCACACCGAGGCCGCGCCCUCGCCCUCCCCCGACGGGCCGCAGCUACACUUCCUCGACGGCGAGCCAGGGCAGUGGCGCUGCGACGAGGCGUGGAAGCUGUACGAGGCCGAGGGCGAGAACGACCCCUUCGACGUCAUCCACUCCGAGAGCGUCACCGUGUUCCACCGCUAUGCGCGCAGGGUGGACAACCUGGUCGUGUCCUGGCAUGGCAUCUCCCUUGAGGCCCUGCACUCGGGAGUAUACCAGGACCUCGCCCGCGGCGAGGAGGAGCCCAUGUCACCGGCGUUCAACCAGAGCCUGGGCCAGUCGGUGUACCGCGUGCUCUCCGAGGUGCGCUUCUUCCGGAGCUACGCGCACCGGGUGGCCAUCAGCGACUCCACGGGGAGAUGCUGCGCGACGUGUACCAGAUCCCCUCCCGCCACGUGCACGUCAUCCCUAACAGCGUGGACGAGGCCCAGUUCGAGCCGGACCUCGCGCUCGGCGCUCGGCCGCGCGUUCCGGGAGGAAGUUGGGGUUCCGAAAGGCGCCGACCUCGUGCUCGGCGUGUCCGGCCGGCUGGUGAAGGACAAGGGUCACCCGCUGCUGUACGAGGCCUUUUCCAAGCUGGUGCUGCGCCACCCCAACGUGUACCUCCUCAUCGCCGGCAAGGGCCCGUGGGAGAACCAGUACAUGGACCUGGGCGGCAACGCCAAGGUGCUCGGCGCCGUGCCGCCCGGGAAGCUCAAGGCGUUCUACAACGCGCUGGACGUGUUCGUGGACCCGACGCUGCGGCCGCAGGGGCUGGACCUGACGCUGAUGGAGGCGAUGCAGUGCAGGAAGCCGGUGGUGGCGACGCGGUUCCCGAGCAUCAAGGGCAGCAUCGUGGUGGACGACGAGCUGGAGGCCGUGGUGGCGGAGGGCGCCCGCCGCGCCGCGCAGCGGGGGCGCGCGUGCCGGGAGUACGCCGAGUCCAUGUUCGCGGCCAUCAAGAUGGCGCUGGCGUACGAGAGGCUUUUCCUCUGCGUCAAGAACGAGACCUUCUGCGGGCAAAUAAAGCGGCACUACGUUGACCUGCUGGAUGUUAGAACUGCUGACUUUCAGGAAUGUUUCAGAUACUAG